AUGCUUCUCAAAACAAUCGCCGGAUUGCUUUUCUUUGGCUAUGCCAACGCCGCAAUUGUGAUCUCGCUGGUCAGUACCAGUGGAGUCAAUAUUCCGUACAAGGUGGAACCUGAUGGGAGUUGCUUUUCCCUGAACGGCGGUACCCUUGCGCAGUUCAACGACCAUCUCCAACAAAUGAAGAUUCCAAGUGGCUAUGAAUGCACAAUCUGGGAGUACGUCUACUCCUACCCGCCAGCGAGUCAAUGUAUAAAUCCACAUGAGGGCUGA